GCCAACCUGUUGUCCACCAGACACCCAGGUCCUUCUCCACAGAGCUCCUUUCCAGCAGGUCAGCCCCUCACAUGUACUCCCCAGUAUUCCCCAGUAGUUAUUCCUCCCCAGGUGUAGGAUUUAGUAUUGGUCCUGGGUGAAUGUCAUCAGGUUCCUCUCUGCCCAGCUCUCCAGCCUUACUCUUCCACAAAGUGUUGGCUCUCAAAACUGGGCCAGGGCUGUCACAUCCACAGUGUCAUAUUCUUCCCUCCACCAAUCUAUCACCACCAAAACAUCAUGUUUAUACCAUUUAUUUUGUCCUUGAGGAUCACAGAGCCUUCAAAUGGGAUGAGAUUGCAGAGGAGAGGCGCUGAGUACAUGAAUGCUCUCCACUCCAAGAACAAAGGAAAACAGCAGAUUUUAGAAGCUGUGGAUCUUGCAGGCAUGUUUAAAAUGCAAAAAUUAAAAAAAAAGGGGGGGGGAGGGGAAGAAAUGCCUGGAUUUCUCUGAAACUUUGGAAACUUGGUUUUAGACAAGCUCAGUUGGUAUUUUGGAUAUAAAAAACAGAGGGACAAGGACACCUGAUGGGUCUCUGUGAAGGCACAGUCCAGAGCUUGGAGCUGUCGGGAAACAGCAAUACCAGGAGAAUGGGAAACGGAAGGGGAGGGCAGUAGUUGGAAGUGCACAGUGGUAGCCCCAGACACACAAAAGCAAAGUGCUGCUGAGGGGGCUAAAGAACUGCGGUGACGUCACCGAGCAACAGACUGUGAUGUCACCAAGAGAUGCACUGUGAUCACCCUCACUGCUCAGCUUUGGGCGCGGGCAGAGCCUGGCCCAGUCAGUCUCGUGCCUGGACUCCUGCCGAGCGUGUGUUUGCGAGGCUUGGAGGUGGAGCGAGCAUUUGUCUUGGGUGUUGGGCUGUGCUUUGGGCACUGCUGGCAGUGGCUUUUGGUGCCCAUCCUUACAGCCAUCACUUGCAUUUCCCUGGUCUGCCUGGCUCAGGCCACCGGGACCCCACGGGUGCACACAUAGUAGCAGAGUGUGCAACAUUCACACCUGUGGCACUACUGGAGAGGAGCUCUUCAUCUUCACUCCCCUGCUAGCCACAGAGUGAGAAGCAUGGCGGCAGAGGAGGAAUGGGUAUGUCCCAUCUGCCGUGACGAGCGCAAGGACAUUGCCUACGCGAUGCCAUGCCGUCACGAGUUCUGCCUCGGCUGCAUCCUGCGGUGGGGCAAGCAGCAGGAGAGCUGCCCUCUCUGCCGGAGGGUCAUGGAAGUGGUCAAGGUGGCAGCGCUGGAUGAUGACGAGGACCUGGACUUCGUCAUCUGGCCUCCAGCAACACCCGUACCUGCCUGCUUCCAGGAAGCCGUUGCUCCCAUUUAUGGCAGAUCUAGUCCUAUGCUGUCCCCUUCGCCAUCCCCUUCGCCAUCCCCUUUGUUGUUGUCAGACGAGGAGGAGGAUGAGGAGGCAGAGGAAGCACAAGAUGAGGUGACAGAAGAUCAGGACAAUGAGGAGGAAGAGGAGGACCUUAUGGUAGGUGGUCUUCGGCCUCAGGACUGGGCAGAGCUAUUCAGGCAGCACCAGCAGAUCCUGGACCCUGUGCUGCCCUGGCUGCACCAACAACUGCGAGCCAUCUUUCACACACACUGGUGGCCAGCAAUGGCAGUGGAGGGCUUAGUCAUGAAUGCCCUGUGUGACAUCGGGCUGGACGGCGAGGAGUUGGUGGAGAUGACGCGGCCUGCCCUGGAGAACAGAGCGGAGGCGUUCGUCCAGGAGCUCCUCGACAACAUCGUGCGCCACUGCGGCGAGGAGGCGCACAGACUGCUGGGUCUGCAGGACUCCCACGUGCCUGAGGGGCGGGAGGAAGGCCCAGCAGCCAGGGGGCAGGAGGACAGCCCUGUGGCCGCCCCUGGCCCCACAGCCUCCCCAGAACCGGACCUCACGUCGGGGCCCAGAGUCAGCACUGCAUGUCCCAGCAUUGAGGAGGAGACCUGCACAGCAGUGGCUGACGUUCUUGUGUGUCCCGAUCACGUCCCCGCUGCACACUCGGCGAGGGAAGCGGAGGAGCCCCAUGAAGAGAUGGAGCAGGCAACAGCAGCAGGUCCCUCUGCCCGGGGCAGCAGCCCCUCUGCUCCUGGCCACCCUCCUGAGAGGGCCCGGCGGCCCCCUAAGAGGAGGGCCGACAGUGAGCAGGACCCACAGCCGCCCUAUGGAACUACAGCUGUAGCCUUCAAACAACUGACUGCCAAGUACGUACGUUCUUGA